AUCGACUCUCAUGUCUUCCACCCGCACGCUUUGGAGAACCACGUGGUGGCUAAGUGUCUACAGUGAAGUUCGUCACGGAAUUGAUGUGUUUUCUGAAUCGUUACAGUCUAACAAGAUAAAAUGUCGCAGGUACAGGCCCGGUUCUUCACCGAAAACAAAAAGUAUCUGAUAGAUGAUGUUCCCUUCUCCAUCCCUGCUGCCUCGGAGGUGGCGGAUCUCAGUGGAGUCAUCAAUAAGCUGCUGGAAGCCAAGAAUGAUGGACACAAACAUGUUGAGUUUGAUUUCCUGGUUCGAGGUCAGUUUCUCCGCACUUCACUGGCCAAUCACAUGGAGAGCGAGAACAUCUCAACGGAAGAAGUGGUGGAAAUAGAGUACGUUGAGAAGUUCACAGCCCCACAGCCGGAGGAGUGUAUCAUGCAUGAUGACUGGAUCAGCUCGGUGGAGGCAGAUUCUGAAUGGAUCCUCACAGGCUCUUAUGAUAAGACUGCACGGAUUUGGUCUAUGGAAGGGAAGGCUGUGAUGACUGUGGCUGGACACACCGAUGUUGUGAAGGAUGUAGCCUGGGUGAAGAGAGAUGGUCUGAGCUCUCUGCUCCUGAGCGCAUCUCUGGAUCAAACAAUCAUGUUGUGGGAGUGGAAUUCCGAACGGAAUGAAGUGAAGGCCCGGCACUGUUGCCGUGGACACGCUGGGAGUGUAGACACAGUUGCCGUUGACCCCACCAGGACGAAGUUUUGCAGUGGCUCAUGGGACAAAAUGCUAAAGAUAUGGUCAGCAGUGCCAACAGUGGAAGAGGAUGAGAUGGAGGAGCCCAACAGGCCACGCAAAAAACAGAAAACCGAACAGAUGGGGCUCACACGGACUCCCCUCAUGACUUUCUCUGGUCAUAAUGAGGCAGUGUCCUCUGUGCUCUGGGUGGAUGCUGAGGAGCUGUGCAGUGCAUCAUGGGAUCACACCAUCCGUCUAUGGGAUGCAGAGACUGGCGGGCAGAAGAGUACGCUUACAGGGAAUAAGGUCUUCAGCUGUGUCUCAUACUCUCCACUGUGUCACCGUCUGGCCUCGGGCAGCACUGACAGACAUGUGCGUCUAUGGGACCCAAGAUCUAAAGAUGGCUCUCUAGUCCUUCUGUCUCUGACAUCCCAUAACGGUUGGGUGACAGCGGUCAGGUGGUCUCCAUCGCACGAGCAUCAGCUUGUGUCAGGAUCUCUAGAUAAUGUGGUCAAGCUGUGGGACACGAGAAGCUGUAAAGCUCCACUCUAUGAUCUUGCUGCCCAUGAAGACAAAGUUCUUUGUGUUGACUGGACAGAGAAUGGGUUGAUUUUGAGUGGAGGAGCAGAUAACAAACUCUACACAUACAGAUACUCGACAUACGUCUCGGAUGCAGGGGCAUAGAUUACUCUUCUCUGUCGCCAGUUGUCUUUUUACCUCAAGAUCAUCAUGGGAACAAAAGAAACAUCAACUUUGACUUCAUAACCCACAAAAAUCUUACUUACAAGAUAAAUAUUUGCCUUGCAAGAGACAAACACAUAGUUCAUGAACACAUUUCUGUGUAAAUCAUGUUUAAAACUAUUCUUAUGUAAACUGUCACAUUCAAUUCAGUGGGAUGCUCUACAUGAGAAUGGUUUAAAGAAUAAUUUGCACUAAUUUGAUGAGCUUCUGUUCAAAGAAUUAGGCUUUUUGACUCAUCCAGCCUCAUUCAAUUAAAUGUGACAGUUUACAUAAUGGGUUUAGCAGUGAUUUGCACACAAAUUAAUAUGUUUUCCUCAUGUCUUAUGAGUGAGACACAUGGUCUUAUGUUUUUGUUUGCGUUUAUAUUCAGUGUUUAAUUCUGUGAUGCUCAAUACAGCGUCUGAAACCAGUCAUGUGUCAGGUUUUACUCUGUUGCCUUUUCAUUCAUAAAAAAUAUUAAAUGAUAUAUUUGUUGGUUAGCUGUGUGGUAAAUUGGUAAACUGAAGUAUUCUGUAGUUUUAAUACACAUAAUGCCCUGUCAUUCAAUAUUACACUUUUCCAAAUUAUGCUGAUCUUUGGACUGUAUUGAAGUGAAAUAAAUUCUAAAUGACA